CUUUCGUUUUCCGAUUUCUUUUGAGAAGGCGCACGCGCGUCGAAAAAAAAAUGGCUGCCGUCAACGGCCAUCACCGGAAGCACGGACAGCCCAAACACAGGGACUCGAACAUGUCCAUCAUCAGCGAAGACGAGAAGGCUCCGACCAUGUUCCACUUCACGUCCAAGGUGCGCUCCCUCAAGCACGGACCGGGAGGCAGAAAGCUGCAUCCUCUGGAGAAGAAGUACCUUCUCGCCGCUGAACACGGCGACAUUCCUACUGUCAAGAGGAUCGCGGACAUUUCCAAGCUCAAGGGCCACAGCAUUGAGCUGGACAUGAACUGCGCGGACUCGCUGGGCCGGACGGCGGUCCACAUGGCCAUCGAGAACGAGAACCUGCCGCUCCUCGAGACGCUGCUCGAGGCCCACGUGGAGGUGCAAGACAGUCUGCUGCACGCCAUCAACGCCGAGUACGUCGAAGCCGUAGAACUUCUCCUGGACCACGAGGAGGCCACACACGUUGAAGGGGAACCUUACAAUUGGGAGAAGGUGAAUGCGACCACAACAACGUUUAACCCGGAGAUCACUCCGCUCAUCUUGGCCGCUCAUCGGAACAACUACGAGAUCCUCAAACUCUUGCUGGACCGCGGAGCCACGCUUCCCAUGCCGCACGACGUCCGCUGUGGCUGUGACCAGUGCGUUCAGGAGGUGCGGGAAGACUGCCUCCGCCACUCUCGGUCACGCAUCAACGCCUACCGGGCACUCUCCUCGCCAUCGCUCAUCUGCCUGUCCAGUGUGGACCCAAUCCUCACUGCGUUCGAGCUCAGCCUUGAGCUCAAGCGGCUCAGCUACGUCGAGAACGAAUUCAAAGUCGAGUAUAAGAAGUUGCAACGCCAGUGUCAGGAGUUCGCCACGUCGCUUCUGGACCACAUUCGGACGUCCGCGGAACUGGCGUGCAUCAUGAACCACGACAUGAGGAUCAGGGAUGUCGAAGAAGACGACGUCCUGUCCAUGGCCAGGCUGGAACUUGCCAUCGAACACCAACAGAAGAAGUUCGUCGCCCACCCGAACGUGCAGCAACAGAUGAGCUCGCUUUGGUACGACGGAGUACCGGGGUUUCGGAGGAAACAUAUUGUGGGCCAGUGUCUACAGAUCAUCAAGAUCGGCGCCGUGUUUCCCUACUAUUCCUUUAUGUACAUUUUUUUCCCUCGAAGUCGGGCCGGCAAAGCUGCAAAGAGGCCAUUCGUCAAGUUCGUCGCCAACGCUUUCUCCUAUCUCAUCUUCUUACUGCUGUUAAUACUAGCUUCCCAGCGGGUGAACCUCGGGGGUCUUCACACACAUUCUAGCGACGGUGAAGUCAGUCAACACAAGCAAAGAGGCCAGCCGCCUUCGUUCAUAGAGGUGGCCAUCCUAACCUACGUCAUAGCACAAAUCUGGGAAGAGGCCACAGAAAUCUGGUCCGGUGGGCUUGCCCGUUACCUCAAGGACAGCUGGAACACCUUGGACUCAAUACGAAACUGCCUGUACGUCGCAGCUACCUUACUCCGCAUAGUGGCCUACAUUCAAGCGAGACAAGAAAUUGAUCUUGAGCCUCUCCUUGAAUACCUCCCGAGGGAACAUUGGGAAGCCUUUGAUCCCAUGCUCGUCGCAGAAGGUCUCUUCGCGGCUGGAAACGUUUUCUCGGCACUGCGCCUCGUCCACUUGUUCUCCAUGAACCCUCAUCUGGGGCCGCUGCAGAUAUCCCUGGGAAGGAUGGUCAUCGACAUCAUAAAGUUCUUCUUCAUCUACACCCUGGUCCUCUUUUCGUUCGCCUGCGGUCUAAACCAGCUGCUGUGGUACUACGCCGACCUGGAGAGGAGCAACUGCGAUCCGCAGAACAGCCGGGACUCCGCCUGUCUCACCUGGAGGAGAUUUUCCAACCUGUUCGAGUCCUCCCAGUCCCUGUUCUGGGCCAGCUUCGGCCUGGUCGACCUCUCCAACUUCGAACUCGCCGGCAUCAAGAGCUACACCAGAUUUUGGGGGCUGCUCAUGUUCGGCUCGUACAGCGUCAUCAACAUUGUGGUCCUGCUCAAUCUGCUCAUCGCCAUGAUGAGCAACUCCUUCCAGACCAUCUCGGAACGGGCGGACACGGAGUGGAAAUUCGGUCGAGCCAAGCUCAUCCUGAAGUAUUUCCAACCUGGACAGACGCUCCCACCCCCUUUUAACUUGCUCGAAUUCAUCCGCCAUAUCACCAAGCUUCUCAGCUGCAAAAGCGGGAAGACGAGAAAAGACAAGAUCUACCUCGGAGACAAAGGGUUUCCUGCGAAGAAGGAAGAGUUGAAAUAUCAGGACGUGAUGAAAAGCCUGGUCUGGAGAUACGUGACCAGUGAGCAGAGCAAGAACGAGCAGGCACCAGUCACCGAGGACGACGUCAACGAACUCAAGCAGCAGAUCACGUCCUUCCGCUACGACCUCCUCGACGUCCUCAAGGACAACGGGAUGAAAGUCACAAAGGUGCAGCGGAAGAGAGCCGAAGUCGCUCCCAACAAGAAGGUGCGCGUUCGUGAGCGCCGCCUGCUGAAGGACUUCAGCAUUACCCUCAUCGACGCCAGCGACCUGGACCAACUGUCCCGUGGUUCGCGCUCGAGCAGCGUGGACCUGAGCAAGUACGAAGACGCCGCAGAGUCUGAAUCCAAGCCAAGUUACAGCCGCGUCCUCCAGAGAUGGAGAGACCUGGUCAAGGCCCUUCAGCAUUCCCCUAUCGGCACUAGCAAGAACCUUCCGGCCUCCGUGACGAGGACCUCGGUCCUCAAAGAGAGACUGGAGCACCAGGUCAGCACCGAGAUUGAAGAGACUGGCAAUGUUUCCGAGAAAAAACUGGAACGAACACCUGAGGAAGGGCCUCAAAGUGACGGCAGUACAGAUAAGUGCUUGGAGAACAAAGUGCCACAGCCCGUCGAUCAGGGACAAAGAGACAGACCUGCUACCAACACCCAGAGCGAAACGCCUUUGCUCGAAAUGGUGGCAGGAAGGAAGGUCACCGACGUGGUUGUCAGCAUUGAUGCAUCCCAGCCGCCCCAGCAGACCAAACUAGAAAAUGACGCAGCGCGGGCUGCUGAAUCAAGGGCUAAUUUUGCGGCAAAACACCCGGCGUUCAGCGGGUCCGUGAAACGCGGAUGGUUGUGAGAGUCUCAGUUGGGCUAGAAGCUAUAGGCUAUGAAUCAGGGUGGCAGGACGGUAGUAAUUAAGUACGGGUCGGCUCAUUAACUAGUGUUUUACAGGUUGGGGAGCAUGCGCAAUACAGUCUCCGACAAUAUAAAAAACCCGUUCGCCAAGGCUGUUAUUGCUGCGGUGUUCAGCACUCGUUGGCCAAAGGCAAUUUAUUUUUAAUGAGAGACUAGAACAAAUGUCAAUUUACUCCUCAUUCCAUGCAAUGUAGGCCUGGCCAAAGCAAAUCAUGCGCGUCCGCCUGAAGAUGCCUCUUCGAAUGGGUCUUCCAUAUUGUUUCAGACUGUAUUUUGUGGCCGACUCUGAAAGUGUUGCCACGAGAGUGAGCGCAUGAACAGAAUGUCUCGCGAAAGAGUUAUUAGUAGUGCUUCCUUGAUCUUUGUGAAUGUCCCCGUGGCCUAGAAGAUU